AUGGAUUCAAACGAAGUGAUCACGCUUGAUCACGCAGAGCCCAGCCAUUCAUCAUCGCCGUUAAAUAGAUUACAGCAGUCACCUUCACAUUCCAGCCUCGGUGUUUCAAAGUUGCUGUCACUGCCCGCUAUCAAUCUCAGUCUACACUCGUCUAUAGUGUUUCUACAUCCACGACUCAACGAUAACAAUGAGGACGAUGAUGGCAGUGUUAGUCUACCACCACCUUCUUCUGAAGAUGAGGAUGUUAUCCGAGGUGUGGUUGAGCUUUACCUGCCAUCAUCACGUAAAAUACACGGGAUAGAAGUUAGGUUAAUUGGAUCUCAAUGUAUUAACUUCCCGAGUGGUGCAUACGAGACUUUUCCAGUUCUCGACAAGUUUGUCGAGAUAGAUAAGACUUAUUUGGAGAAAGGCACGCAUAAAUUUGAGUUUUCAAUUAUUAUUCCAUCUUCAACGCCGGGGUAUGAGAGGUGCGCCUAUGGGCGGGUGUACUACUAUGUACGAGCCAAAGCGAUAAGUGCAGGACCGCUCGGAUUUGAUUUAACGGAUUCGAGGGAGGUGCUACUCGUUAUUAACCCCAAUCCUGAAGGAGAACCGAGUGGAUUGAGCUGGCACCACGAUCAGAUAAUCGACGGUCUUGGAGCUAUGUCUAUAGAUGUAGAAUCUACCCAUCUUACUAUCGGCGGACCUGUUCAUUUACGCCUCCACCUCCACGAACCACCAAAGGGCGCCACGUUGCAUUGCAUCAAUGUGUCGUUGCUGCAAUAUAUCACUCUGCGCAAUAGAGAUAGGAGUAAGGAGGAGAAAGCACCGGCUGUAGCUGUGAAAUUCUUUCAACUUGGUUCGAGGAAACACGAGCCACUGCUCAGUCCAUAUGAGGAAGUGGACGAGGAUGGAUGGAAGCAUGAGUGGAUAGGCAGACUACCUGACGACGACCACGCCCGUCCGAGCACAGUCAAGACCAACAAAACAUCCAUCAUCAUCUCACAUCAGUUGCUAGUACAGAUAUUCGUCACACCGUCCAACCUAGACGGAGAGCACGUGCGCGAUAAAGAUGAUAAAUCGCAGAUGAAAGUUAUAAGCAUACGUAGACCUAUCUUCGCCAGUAGCUGCUGCGUGAGUCUCGACUCAAUCACACUGCCCGCUUAUGAAGAGGUUGCACCCAGUCAAGAUGUAAUGUACGAGUGUGCAUGUGGUCAGCCGUUGAAAUCACUUAUUGCUAAAGAAACAGCGGUACCGCAAACGGGAUCGGGUGGGGUAAUGUCAAUGUCAAGUGGUGGCAUGCAUGGUGGUAUGCCAGGCACAUCUGAUCUCAGUAAUGCUCUGCUACCUAUCGCACAGGAGCAGGAAGAUGAAGAGAAGGCGAGACUGGCUAAUGAAGAUGGCAGACAGGGUAGAACUCAUGCGCGAUUCGCUGAUAAUUAUGUUAGCAGACAGCAGUCGAGAGAUAGCUCCCUUAAUAGAAACACACGCUCUAGGUCACGCCCUUCAUCCAUCACAUCGCCAUGUAUAGAACCCUCACCGUCGUCACAGUCACUCUCACGUGAAGCUAGAUCUAGAUCAAGGAAUUGGUUCAAGCGCGCCACUUCAAGAUCUACCUCAAGAGCUAACAGUAGAGCUCCUUCACCGGCUAGACGUAAUUCGUAA